GGAAAUGAAGCGCUUCCUGGUUGCCGUUGCAAAUCUAGCCUGUCACUAAACCGGUGACGAAAUAAAAUGGAUUAUUACAAUUUAAUGGCAAUAUGUGCAUGUAUUCAUUUGCUUUUUUUCAUACCACAUGUAUACAGUAAUCAUGUUGAGACAAAAGCUGGACAGUUUUUCAGCAGUGGCCACACCAACAACUGGGCAGUCCUCGUCUGCACAUCUAGAUUCUGGUUUAAUUAUCGGCAUGUGGCGAACACGCUGUCAGUAUACAGGAGCGUAAAGAGACUGGGCAUCCCAGACAGUCACAUCGUGCUGAUGCUAGCCGAUGAUAUGGCCUGUAACUAUAGAAACCCCAAACCGGCCACUGUGUUCAGUCAUAAGAACAUGGAGCUCAAUGUGUAUGGAGACGAUGUGGAGGUGGAUUACCGCGGAUAUGAGGUCACAGUAGAGAACUUCCUGCGAGUCCUGACAGGCCGUCUCCCCACCAGCACCCCUCGAUCCAAACGUCUGCUAUCAGACGACCGGAGCAACAUUCUCAUCUACCUGACAGGUCAUGGUGGAAACGGCUUCCUGAAGUUCCAGGAUUCUGAGGAAAUCAGCAACAUGGAGCUGGCUGAUGCAUUUGAGCAGAUGUGGCAAAAGAGGAGGUACAAUGAGCUGUUGUUCAUCAUAGACACGUGCCAGGGAGCCUCCAUGUAUGAGAGGUUUUACUCGCCGAACCUCAUGGCUCUGGCCAGCAGUCAAGUGGGAGAGGACUCGCUUUCGCAUCAGCCAGAUUUGGCAAUAGGGGUCCAUUUGAUGGACAAGUACACCUUCUACUUACUGGAGUUCCUGGAGGAAGUCCACCCCGCCAGCCAAGCCAACAUGAAUGAUCUGUUUAAGGUGUGCCCGCAGAGUCAGUGUGUGUCCACUCCAGGCCACCGUACUGACCUGUUCCAGAGAGAUCCGGCGAGUGUCCUCAUCACUGACUUUUUCGGAAGUGUUCGUAAAGUGGAGAUCACCAAGGACACUAUCAAUCUGACGUCCCCUUUAGAGACGCCAAUGCAGAGGUCUGGAAGUGGCGAUCUACAGAUCGAGUCUCUGACGUAUGUGGACCAACUUCCAGUGGCUGAAAUUAUUCAUCAGAAACCCAAGCAGAAAGACUGGCACCCUCCCGAUGGCUUCAUUCUGGGGCUCUGGACUCUAAUCCUGCUGGUGUUCUUCAAGACCUAUGGCAUCAAACAUCUCAAACACAUCUUCUGAUCCCACAGAGGUCAAAGAACCUGCUGCGUCUGCGUCUGCUCUGUCAUAAGAGAGUCCACCAUAACUUUCUUCAUGAUUGAUUUGGUCAGGAAUAGGUUUUUAUUUAUUUCUUGAUGCAAGUUUGUUUUCUUUUGGUUUUGCUGUGUAUCAUAUUUUGAAAGUGACAUGCACUGACUUGUUCUUUGUUAUUUUUUUUAGCUCUGUAGUGAAAUCCAUUUGAAUUUCACACAAGGACUUUCUUUUGAACUAAACACACACACAGCUUGCAGGGAGAAGCAUACUUCUUGUUUUUUGGUU